AUGGCGGACGAGUGGCCCAACUGGACGAACGUGGAGGAGAUCGUCAAGAAGGAGAAGUUCAUGUCCGGCAACGAGGAGUUCACCGCAUUCAACAAGAAGGUCCUCAAGGCGUCGCCAGAGGAGAUAGCCGAGCAGGUGGAGCACGCGGAGGCGAUGUGGCACUUCCUGAUCGGCUUCGCCGGCUGCAAGAAGAUAUACAAGAGCAAGAUUCUGCAGGUGUUCAACAAGCUCAUGCAGGUGCCCUCGUGGGUGGCCGUGUGGGAGGCGCAGUCGGGACCCCUCGGGGACAAGUUCAAGGCUCUCCACGCGGACCUUCAGGCCGCCCUGGCGGUCCAGAGCCCCGUGAUCAUGAAGUCGAUCUCGCCCAUGGCUAUGGCGUCCAUUAACCAGGUGUCGGCGAUGGACCGGCCCGAGGAAAUAGGCAGAGCCAUGGAGAGGGACCGCCUCGUCGACGAGAUUAGGAAGGAGGCGGGGCCCACCAACGAGGCGUUCGGCAACGACGGCGGUGGAGGGGAAGCGUCGGAGCUGUCGGCUCUCCAGGACGGCAUCGACGCGGUGAUCGCCCUGGCCGGGCGCACCGACGGCAGCGUCGCGACGCUCAACCGGCUCCGCAUAGGCUGCAUCCAGUGCGCGGGCCACGAGGCCAACUUCCGGCAGGAGAGCAAGCACGCGCCCGAGGUGUUCGGCUUCCUGCUGGCCUUUGCCCGGAGGGAGCCGGCCAGCAUCCACCUCGUGGCCGAGGUCAUGAACCCUAUCAUGGCCAGCCCCAGCUGGGCCUCCGUCCUGGAGGGCAACGUCAUCCUGCAGGAGAGCCUGCGCGGCCUUACCGCCGACGCCCAGGCCGCCCUGGGGCUCCAGAGCGAGGCGCUGAUGAAGCUGAUCAGCGACGACGGCAGGAGGAAGGCAUCCGGUGGGGAGGUGUCCGACAAGGUCAAGGGGGUGGCGGACAAGAUGAAGAGCAUCCGCUGGGCCGCGGACGCGACGGCGGGGGAGGCGGCGAGGCCGUCGUCGCCGGUGAAGGGCCACGAGUGGAAGGCGGCAAGGACGCCCGAGGGCCACACGUACUACUUCAACGCCAAGACGCGGGAGUCGACCUGGGAGAGGCCCGCGAGCCUGGGCGGGCCCCACGUCUACAGCGUGGGCGAGGCCGUGGAGGUGUGGAGCAACUCGCAGCGGAAGUGGGGCAGGGGGGUCGUCGAGAAGGUGGAGGGGGGCACGGUGACUGCCGAGUUCACCCUGCCAGGCGGCAGCGCGGCGAAGAAGGAGCUGCCCGCGACGCACAAGGACCUCCGGCCCGCCGAGGGGGGGCCAGCCUGGCCUCCCGACGAGGAGGCGGCCUACAGGAGGCUCUUCGACAGCUUGGCCGGGGCGCCCGACGCAAAGCCCACCGCCGCCGUCGUGGAGGCGCUGCGCAAGUCUGGGCUGACCAGCCGCGCGCUGGGGCAGGUCUGGGCGGUGGCCAACCCGGGCAACAAGGCCGACCUGGGCUUCGAGGAGUUCGCAAAGUGCUGCAGGCUCGUGGCGCACUGCCAGGCGAUGGCGGGGUCGCCGGUCCUGGCCGAGGCGGACAGGCCCCUGCGCGUGAAGCUGCGGGAG